UUAUUUUUAGUGAUAGAACACGAAUGAAGGGUCUGAAACACAAAUUGCAGUUGGGUGACGUCUUAUCCAUUCCAAAAAAAAGUGGCUCCUUGACUGUUUUCCUCCUUUGAUCCUGUGAGAGUGAGACACUUCUGUUUUAAGCUUGCAGUAUCUCAUGGCAGCCCUUUCCCAGUCUUAUCCCCUUUUGCUUAAAAGAUGCAGGAAUCCCGCGAAAAGAAACCAACGAAUAACAUGCAGUCCCCGGUGUGUCCUGGGGGUAACUGUUCAAACACUCACCCAAGUCUCUGGCUCGCUUCAACCAUGUUAUGAUAUGUUUUCUUUUUCUGCAAAUCAAAACAUCAGUAUGCUCGAAACAUCACAUAUUAUCAGUGAGUUGAAACAGAAUCUACUUAUAUUGGAUCUGGAUCCAGCCACGGCAAAGGUAGCCAUUCCGUUUAUAGGACCAUUCCUUUCGGCGUUUUCCUUCCUUUUCAUCGCAAGGAUAGUCAUGUCCUGGUACCCGAAGCUUCCGGUGGGUAAGUUUCCUUACGUUCUAGCUUACGCACCUACGGAGCCAAUUCUUGCUCCUACGCGUAAAGUGAUACCACCUCUAGGCGGAGUGGAUGUAACACCUGUGGUUUGGUUUGGAUUACUUAGUUUCUUGAAUGAGAUCUUGGUUGGACCUCAGGGACUUCUAGUCCUCCUUUCUCAACAGAUGAGUAGUUAACAUGGAUGAGAUAAUAAAUGGCCAAUUAGGCUGCAUCUGAUUCUUGUAAUAUCAUUUUUGGGGUUCCUAACUUAAACCGAUAUAUGAAUAUACACAUUUUGAAAUCGCUAUUUUCGGUUAUUUGUAUCAAUGGAAAUAAGCUAUUGGUUAGGGUUGAAA